UCUUUCUUCUAAGGCCGGGAAAACCGAGGGAUACACAUGCGCAGUUGGACGCCUCGGGCCCUUGGUGCCGCUUCCCAAGCAUCUCCCCGCCCCGACCUCUGGGCGGGGCUGGGCCAAGAGUCCAGCUGCUGUUCGCCGGAGAUUCAGUGACUUCCUUGUUGUGAGCCCUGGCCCGGCAGUGUCCCAACUUGUGUCCCCGCUGUUAUUCGGGCCGCUAGCCUGAGUCUAGGUCGCAGCCGCAACCCCGUCGGUCACCUUUUCAGCGCAGUUCUUUUCCCCGCACGCCCUGCGCUCCCUAACAUGCCCAACCCCGGCAGCACCUUCUCUCCUUACCCCCUCCCUGAGGAAAUUAGGAACCUGUUGGCAGAUGUUGAAACAUUUGUAGCAGACAUACUGAAAGGAGAAAAUUUAUCCAAGAAAGCAAAGGAAAAGAGAGAAUCCCUUAUUAAGAAGAUAAAAGAUGUUAAUUCUAUCUAUCUUCAGGAAUUUCAAGACAAAGGUGAUACAGAAGAUGGGGACGAAUAUGAUGACCCUUUUGCUGGGGCUCCAGACACUAUUUCAUUAGCUUCAGAACGAUAUGAAAAAGAUGAUGAAGCCCCCUCUGAUGGAGCCCAAUUUCCUCCAAUUGCAGCACAGGACCUUCCUCUUGUUCUAAAGGCUGGCUACCUUGAAAAACGCAGAAAAGAUCACAGCUUUCUGGGAUUUGAAUGGCAGAAACGGUGGUGUGCUCUCAGUAAAACGGUAUUCUAUUAUUAUGGAAGUGAUAAAGACAAACAACAGAAAGGUGAAUUCGCAAUAGAUGGCUACAGUGUCAGAAUGAAUAACACUCUAAGAAAGGAUGGGAAGAAAGAUUGCUGUUUUGAAAUCUCUGCUCCUGAUAAACGUAUAUAUCAGUUUACAGCCGCUUCUCCAAAAGAUGCUGAGGAAUGGGUACAGCAGCUGAAAUUUGUAUUGCAAGAUAUGGAAUCUGAUAUUAUUCCUGAGGAUUAUGAUGAGAGAGGAGACUUAUAUGAUGAUGUUGAUCAUCCUCUACCAAUAAACAAUCCACCAACAAGCAGUCAACCAAUAGAUGAGGAAAUUUAUGAAGAACUUCCAGAAGAAGAAGAAGACAGCAGUGCUCCUGUGAAAGUGGAAGAACAAAGGAAGAUGAGUCAGGACAGUGUUCAUCACACCUCAGGGGAUAAGAGCACUGAUUAUGCUAAUUUUUACCAGGGUUUGUGGGAUUGCACUGGAGCUUUUUCUGAUGAGUUGUCAUUUAAGCGUGGUGAUGUGAUUUACAUUCUUAGCAAGGAAUACAAUAGAUAUGGCUGGUGGGUAGGAGAAAUGAAGGGAGCCAUUGGCUUGGUGCCUAAAGCCUACAUAAUGGAGAUGUAUGAUAUUUGAGAGUCCUGGGAAAAAUCAAGUUUCAACUGAAUCAAAAAAUUAAAAUGCAGCUUUCCCUUUCUCCUGCAGAAAAGGAAGAUUCUUCUGCUUGUCUGCAAAUGCUUUGGAUUUAGAAGCAUCAGGAAAGCACUGGUGACAGCUCCUAACCUCUCUGUUUUGUUAAACAUCACUUGUCUUUGACUGUUACUUUAUGCAGUCACUCAUUAAAAUAUUCCUCUGAUGUGAAAUUAAAUGAAGGAUAUUAAUGUAAAUUCGACACAAGCAGUAAAGUUAUACCUGUUGCUAUUUUGCAAAGAAAUAUAGUUUUUAUUUACCCAUUUGAGUUGUGUGAAGAUUUCAUCACUAUUUUAUACAUACCAUAUAGUCUACUAUAGUAUAGUAGUCUACUGUUGCUACUUCUACUGUGAGUUGUAAUGUUUCUUAAUCAUUAGGACCUAAGUUAGUUUUAGAGUGUAAUAUAUAAUUUCAUAGCAUUUUAAAUUUAAUAUAUCACACAAGUUUUUUUUGGUAGAUGCUAAAGAACGUGGUUGCUAAACAAAGAAUGCUAAAGAAUGUUCAAACUUUUAGAUAAUUUAUUGUUAUUAUUUAUUUUCACACAAUAGUAACAUGUUUUUAUGAAAGAAAUUUUACAGAUUGGCACACGUACUUUCUAUUAAAUAUAGCCAAAAGAAAGAAAAAAUGAUAGAGUUGCAAAUAGCAGUGUGCUGUCACUUGCCACACAAGUGCAUACCAGAAGUAUGAUUUGUGCAAAGCAUUUUACCAUACAAAUAUCCUGGUUUGAUGAUGGGCCUGGCAACAUUUUCCACUGUGCUUUUGUUUAAAUUUAAUGGAACAAAAAAUUCAUAAGAACCUCCAUCCUACCACUAACAAAAUGGUAUAAAGAAUCUCCCAGCCUGGCCAACAUGAUGAAACCCUGUCUCUAGUAAAAAUACAAAAAAAUUAGCUGGGCUUGGUGGCGCACCUGUAGUCCCAGCCAGUCAGGAGGCUGAGGCACGAGAAUCGUUUUAACACAGGAGGCAAAGGUUGCAGUGAGCUAAGAUUGCACCACUGCACUCCAGCCUGGACGACAGAGCAAGACUCCAUCUCAAAAAAAAAAAAAAAAAAAAAAAGAAGAAUCUCAAUGUAUUCUCAAAGUAAAAAGGCAAAACCAAACACACUCUUAUCCUGCCUUAUUCCUAUGCUAUUUAUGUCCCACCACAGAACAGCAGAUCUGAGUCUUUUCUAUAUAUUUCUCAGAGCACUGAAAAGAAAAGAAAUGUUUGGAGAGGAGAGUGUAGAAAUCCCAGUGGUAGCAUGUACCAGCAGGUGAGUAGAAAGGUAGUGUUAGCCUGACAUUGUACUCUGUGCUGUCUGAACAAGAUUUGUAGAAUCAUAUAUAUAAUUACCUUUUCAUGUAUAUUUGAAAUCAGAGGUAUUUAAAAUGCCUGUGAGAUACCAAUAUAGCCUUAAUAUAUGUCAAAAUGUAUUGCUGAUUGGAUAAUUAUUUGGAAUACACAUAAUCUCCUAAUAUUGAAUCAUUACUUGUCAGGUAUUAUCUUUAUGGAACUUUUCAAUGUCUUUGCUUUAUGAAGAGUCUAACCAUGCAUUUGAGCUGGUAAUAUUUUGAAAUCUCCCAUUAUUUAUGUAAAACUGUUUACAAGCAGUGUUUGAGAAGGUCUGUUUUACCAUUAUCCCCUCAAUAUCAUGAUCAUCCAAUCUCAAAGGAAAAAAAAAAAAGAAAUUUGAUAUUAGGGAGUGUGAGUAAACAAAUUUAUAUAUAUAGACAUUGUGAAGUUAAAGUUUUCAAAAAUUACAUUUGUGCAGUUGUUACUUUUUCCACACGUAGUGUCAUUGAAAUAGACCGAAAUAAUCUUGGCAAAAGUUAGACAACCAAAGAUGAGUCUGGUGGACUGGUUUUGAGCAGUUGAAAAGCGAAAGCCUUUGUUUCCAAUGACAAGGCAGCCUUUGUGGGUUUGGGUUUGUGGUUCAGACUGAAAAGAAAUUUUUAUUCCUACGCCAGUAGAUGGCAGCAGUUUUUCAUUGCAGACAAAACCACUUGAAACCCCUCCCCCACGGCACAAACUCGCCCAGGAUGGAAAGCAUUUAGGUUUCUGCCUCCUUUUACAGUUAAUCCAGGAGAGGGAGUCCUUUGCCAACUGAUGACCAACAAUUCCAAGCCAGAUAGUCUCGUCAACAGUGACAGUACAGAAAGAAGGAGUUAUUUCUAUCCAGAACUCCUCUGGCCUUUGUUCUUUUUAAACUGGAAUAUGGGUGGGAGACAUAAGAAACAAGACUUCAAACUGGAGCGACAGAAGAAAUAAUCAUUACUUUCAAUUCAUGACUGCUUUAUAUUCAUUUGAUGGAAUCAUUUGUAUACAACUAAGGAGAAAGUUUUCUUUACACCCUUGACAAUGCAUCACAUACACUUCAAGAUCAUAAUAAUAUCAUUAAUAUGAAUUUAAACAACAUGGCUUGUUAGAAAAUAUGCUAAUUGCUAUGUUCUCAUUAUGUUUGCUUAGCUUUUAUUUGUUUUUCUAUGAACAGUUAGAGAGCUAAUUUUUUUCAAAGGUGAUUGUAAGUCAUAUUUUAUAUAGCAUUUUGCUUGAUUAUUUGCUCUGUACUGAAUUUGUACUCUAUUGCCAUUAGAUCUUACAAUAAUGUUCCACUCUGCAAAUUUUUAAGGUUCAAAUAAAGUUUAAUUGUUUGCAAACUGUUAUGAUGCUAAUAAUUCAACAGCCUGCUGUGUUACUAAUGAAAUUACUUUGUUAUGAUUAAUUUGGAAAAUAGUGUGUUGAUUGUAGUAAUUAACCACAACAAGGUGAAGUAAAUGAUUCUAAUGCCAUCUGGCCUCCAAACUGAAUGAAGAAAUGAAAUAGGGCUGUCAUCUGAAUUUAUUCAAAGAAGUCAGGAUAAUACAAAUGACUUUCAUUGCUGCAGGAUUUAUACUUAACAUAGCUCACUCCUUACUAUUUUUGCCACUUUGCUGCAUAUGACACUUUCCUUUAUGGAAAAAGAAUGUUGUUUAGUCCAGCAAUUGUUUUGAAUACUUGAUUUUAUUGUAAGCUGAUUAUUUCUACUCUGUGCUAAUUUAAUUACAGAUAAUUACAUAAAGUAUUAUAGGACCAUGGAAAAAAAAUCACUUUUCAUCCAUGUGUAGGUGAAAUCUAUACAUGUGGGGUUUUGUUUUUGUUUUAGGUUUUUUGUUUCGAUUUUUGCUAUUAGUUACAAACACUUUGAAUAUAGCCUUGCAUAAAGAUUAGGGCUACCAUGGAAAUAUUUCUUAAAUAUGUACAGUCAAAGGCUCACUCUUAGUUCUUGUGAUUUAUACUUUUUAUAUAAUUUUAUGUAAUUUCUCCACUCUACUACUUGCUAGUCAUUCAUUGCCUGGUACUAUCCAGGGUCAUAAUUUAAAAUAGAACUCAGUUAUAUAUUAUAGAUUCAGAUUUGCAGUUAGAAGAAAACUAAUCCUAAUAUACAUGUUGUUAAAGACCUUGAACUUCAUCAGAGAGACUGAAGUGAAGCAUUGUGAGAAUUUUUAAGUAAAGUUCUUCUAAAUUUCAGAUAAAUCAAUCAUUUGUAUUUCAUUUGUUGGAGUUAUAGACACACACCAUAUAGAGAUCACUUUUACUUCUCUUAAGUAGAUUCAAGAAUAUUGAAAAGCAAUCCACAUGGUAAA